CGCAGUGUGGCCAAGAGGAGAGCGAUAAUGAAGAAGACCGUGACCUUUAGCACCGAGACGACGUACCUCUUUGACGUCGACGUCAACGGGUCGGCCUUGCCAAAGGAGAGCGGACCCCCCAUCGGUCUCGCCCAACAGCACCACGCGAUGACGGUCGCGUCCCUCGAUGGCCUUGUGAAGCGCCGAAGCCGCGUCCGCAAAUUUGACCACCUCGACCGACUCGAGAUGCUCAAGCCGCUCUACGACCCCAAGACGCUUGCGAGCUUUUGCUACGAGGCCAUCGACACGCGGAAGGAGCGCAUCGAGACCGAGGAAGAGCUUGUGCAGAACGAGCGCCGCCUGCAGGCCCGCGCACGGAAGCGCGCCGCAGAAGAGGCGCGGGCGUCGCACGCCAAGCGCCCGCGCAUGCUGACCAGCCGGAUGGAGUACGACGAGGACGAGGAAGAAGAGGAAGACAGUGACGACGAGUAGACAGCCGAAAUAUCGUCGUAGUUAGUAGGUAGAAUAAAUUAUGUCUAAAGACGCCCUUUCUGCGUCCCCGAG